CAGAGACUACAGAAACACUCAGAAACACUCAGUACCGGCAACAUGGUUCUCAUCUGGACUCAGUUUGGAAUGAAGCAGAAAAAUGGCAACGUGAAAUGCAAAGUGCGCGUGAUGCACAGAGGAGACAGCUCCGGGUCCUCUUCAUCAGGGGAAAGCAGCAAAUCUGAGCCGGAAGCACCGUGCAUGGCCAUCAAACCCACCGGCAAAGACUUCUACAAAGUGCUGGGAGUCUCCCCGGACUCCAACGAGGACGAGAUCAAGAAGGCCUACAGGAAGAUGGCUCUGAAGUACCAUCCCGAUAAGAACAGCGAUGCAGACGCAGAGGACAAGUUCAAAGAGAUCGCCGAAGCCUACGAGAUCCUGAACGACCCCAAGAGGAGAAGCAUCUACGACCAGUUUGGAGAAGAAGGUCUUAAAAGUGGAUUCUCGACAAGGGAAGGGAAGGUUUUCCGCAACACCUUCCACACCGACCCCCACGCCACCUUCUCCACCUCCUUCCACGGCGCCGACCACUUCGACAUCUUCGGCAACGAGGCGGACGAAGACGACCUCUUUAACCCCUUCAGACGCUUCCCCUUCAGCCACGUUGGCGGCGAGGGCGGUCUGCGGAGAGGUCAGAGACGCCUGCAGGGCGACGAGGUGGUGCACGACCUCCUGGUGACUUUAGAGGACGUGAUGCAGGGCUGCACGAAACACGUGAAGAUCACCCGAAGCCGCCUGAACCCUGACGGUCGCAGCCUGAGGUCAGAGGAGAAGGUGCUGAACGUGGUGGUGAAGAAAGGCUGGAAGGCAGGGACCAAGAUCACUUUCCCCAGGGAGGGAGACGAGACCCCCAACAACACCCCCGCGGACAUCACCUUCAUCCUCAGGGACAAAGAGCACCAGCAGUACAAGAGGGACGGCUCCAACAUCGUGUUCACCGCCAAGAUCACGCUCAAAGAGGCUCUCUGCGGCUGCACGGUUAACGUCCCGACUCUGGACAGCCGGAUGAUGCCUCUCCCCUGCAGCGAUGUGAUCAAACCAGGAGCUGUGCGGCGGCUCCGAGGCGAGGGGCUUCCUCUGCCCAAAAGCCCGUCCCAGAGAGGCGACCUGGUGGUGGAGUUCCAGGUGAUUUUCCCCGACAGAAUCCCACCUCAAUCCCGGGAAAUCAUCAAACACAGCCUGGCUCAGUGCUAGUUCUCAGUUAGCUUCACCCAGUGUGUUGUUCUCAAUUCACAAGCCUUUUGCCCAAGGUGCUAAUAUCCACUUGGAGGGAAAUGGCAAGUGGCGCUUUAGCGAAGCUCAGAGGAGACGACUUUCUGCAGGGAAACGCACAACAACAUGCCGAGCAGAGAGAGAAUGAGGAAUGGGGUCUUUGGUAUCUGAGGGCGUCCAUUGACCUUUUGUUUUAUUGAAAUCAAAGGUUAUCUGUACUGUUGUACCUACAGCAGGAUGCCAGUGUGCUAUUCAAGUCUGUAUAGACUUCCGUAAGAGCUGAAACAGAACUAACUGUAGUUAUAUGGUGCUCAUAUGACGGAUCUUUUGCAUUGAUUUAUUACAAUAGCAAAAAUAUAUACUUGUGUACAAGGAUCUACUUUGUGUACAAAAUGCAAAAAAGUUGUCUCUAACAGAGAUUCAUAUGUCAAAUGUUCUAUUGAAUUAUUUGAAAUGUUUGUAUAUAAUCUGAAAGGAUGUAUUAUUAUUACCUGAUGGACAUGUUUGAAAAGCAUGAAAAAUAAA